AUGUUCUUAUGGAACUGCACCAUCGCACUGAAUUUGGAUCUAGAAAACAGAGAUCAUCAACGAUUAUUCGUGUUGAUAUCAGUUGCGAUAGCAACCAUGGCAUUUCUCCUAAAUCUCAUCCAUUUCCUAGCAAUUAUACAACAAUCUUUGCUAAAACAAGCUAAAAAUAUAAUCAUUAUGAGUUUCUGCAUCUGUGGGCAAUUAUCCUCUGUGGUGGUGGCUUGGUACGUUUACAGAAUCACAGCCGCAGAAAACUCCGAAAUCCUUUCAGAUUACAAUAUAUGCUAUUUUGUGCCUUCCGGAUUUCUUCUGGUCACGCUCUUUACUUCUACUUCGUUGAUAACGCUACAAGUACUUCAACUUCACUUCGAAAUAUCCUGUAAAUCUAAAACGGAACAGAGAUGCAGAGCUAUUAUUUUAGCUAUGGUUGUAAUGGCAUGGUUCGAAGGCGUAGUUGUUUCAGUUAUACCUAUAGUGGGAUGGAACAACUGGCAAGGAUAUUGCACGAUUCCUCACAUCUGGUCUAAUGCCUAUUCCAUGACGCUCUGUUUGCUUUAUUAUUUUCAUUUAUCGAUAAUCAUCGCCCUCUUGUUUAACGUUAUCUGCGCUAACUGCAAGAAACGCAACUCGGUCUUGCCCGAAUGCAACGAAAUCGCAACCAUUACCGAUCAACCUUUGGUAAUUCCGUUUGUCACUAGCCAGGCAGUUAAGUUGAAAAAUGUAUUAGCAUCUUUCACGCUGUACGUAUUUGGUACUCUGCCCAUUAUAAGUUACAUGUCUUACAUCGUUCUGGGAGAAAAGACUCAUCAAUGCCACAUGCUAAUUCUUUCGACUAAUUAUGAAGUGGGAAGCAUUCUCUUGAUAGUACUUUCGGCUGCCAUCUCUCCUCUCUUUUACAUAUUUACUGAAGACGAUUUGGCAGCUGCAACUGCCCAAUUUAUACACAUCUUCUUUUGUCCCUGUACCAAAAAGAAAGAAAUCUCCAGAGUAUGCGGUUAGCUUUUAGGAAUUUCAACGAUUAUAAACAACUG